CGAGCCCCCGCCGGCCGAGCCCGUCGGACCCCGUUUGACUCUGCGCCCUGGGGACGCCUCGCCUCCCAGCCGGAGGUGUCUAAACGUUUGGCCGUUCAUCCGUCGGUCCCUCCUGGGGCCGGAACUGACCAUGCCCAGCGGCUGCCGCUGUCUACAUCUCAUGUGCCUGCUGUGCAUCCUGGGGGCAACCAGCCAGCCUGCCAGAGCGGAUGACUGCAGCUCCCACUGUGACCUGGCCCACGGCUGCUGCGCUCCUGACGGCUCCUGCAGGUGUGACCCAGGCUGGGAGGGGCUGCACUGUGAGCGCUGUGUGAGGAUGCCUGGCUGCCAGCACGGUACCUGCCACCAGCCCUGGCAAUGCAUCUGCCACAGUGGCUGGGCAGGAAAGUUCUGUGACAAAGAUGAGCACAUCUGUACCUCACAGUCACCCUGCCAGAACGGAGGCCAGUGUGUCUACGAUGGGGGUGGUGAGUACCACUGUGUGUGCCUGCCGGGCUUCCAUGGACGUGGCUGUGAGCGCAAGGCUGGACCUUGUGAGCAGGCAGGCUUCCCAUGCCGGAACGGCGGGCUGUGCCAGGACGACCAGGGUUUUGCCCUCAACUUCACAUGCCGCUGCCUGGCAGGAUUCAUGGGUGCCCACUGUGAGGUCAACGUGGACGACUGCCUGAUGCGACCUUGUGCUAAUGGUGCCACAUGUAUUGAUGGCAUAAACCGCUUCUCCUGCCUCUGUCCUGAGGGCUUUGCCGGACGCUUCUGCACCAUCAACCUAGAUGAUUGUGCCAGCCGCCCAUGCCAGAGAGGGGCCCGCUGUCGGGACCGGAUCCAUGACUUUGACUGCCUCUGCCCCAGUGGCUACGGCGGCAAGACUUGUGAGCUUGUCUUACCUGCUCCAGACCCCGCCACAACGGUGACCCCACAAACACCCAUGGCAGCUAUAGUUGUACCUGCCACGGGGCCAGCCCCUCAUAGUGCAGGGGCGGGCCUGCUGAGGAUCUCAGUGAAGGAGGUGGUACGGAGGCAAGAGGCUGGACUAGGUGAGUCUAGCUUGGUGGCCCUGGUGGUAUUUGGGUCCCUCACUGCUGCUCUGGUUCUGGCCACUGUGUUGCUGACCCUGAGGGCAUGGCGCCGGGGCAUAUGCCCCACUGGACCCUGUUGCUACCCAGCCCCGCACUAUGCCCCAGCUCGGCAGGAUCAGGAAUGUCAGGUUAGCAUGCUGCCUACAGGGUUCCCUCUGCCACCAGACCUGCCCCCUGAGCCUGGUAAGACCACGGCGCUGUGA